AUGUCUACUCCGAUAGACCAAUUACAGCCACCACCCGGCCUGGAGGCCACCCAAGAAGCCUACACCGCCCACUCGGGCCACGGCUCGGUGGGGCCGGUUAUCGCCGUUCUUGCAGUGAUCACUAUUCUUGGAGUCAUAGCAGGCAUGAUUGGCCGGCUUUGUUCGGGUGGGCGGAUCAUGGGUUAUGGACAGGGACAGUACGACUUCGAGAGGUGGGCCGAGACGAAAUGUUCGUCCUGCCUCGACGGCAGACUCGGCCCUCCGCCGCCUCGGUACCCAAUCGAAACCGCCCCCGAAGAACCUAUACCAGUGGUGGAGCCGGUGGAGACCCCACAAGAUCAGAUCAAGGAAGAAGAGGCUCAUCAACAUACACAUGGACACGGACAUGGCGAAUCUUAG